AUGAUCGUGGACUACAGGAAAAGGAGGGCCGAACACGCUCCCAUUCACAUUGACAAGGCUGUAGUGGAGCAGGUUGAGAGCUUCAAGUUCCUUGGUGUCCACAUCACCAACAAACUAUCAUGGUCCAAACACACCAAGACAGUCAUGAAGAGGGCACAACAAUGCCUUUUCCCCCUCAAGAGACUAGAGGGAUUUGGGAUGGGUCCUCAGAUCCUCAAAAGUUCUACAGCUUGGGUUCUUCAAGCGUGCUUCUUUCUCCACGUCCGUUCUCUGACAGAUGCCAGAAUCGACACACUGAAGCGGUCUGUCGACGGGACGAUAAACAGCUUCUUCGCCUGUGGCAUAGCAGUCUAUCGUGGACUGAGAUCAUUUCAUUUCGCUAUGGGGGCAUCUUCUUGCAGUCUGCUGGAUGAGACUAAAUCCAACUACAUCAGAGGUCGUGCGGAGUCCGAGCUGAAGAACUUCAGUCCCCACUACAGGCAGCAGUACUUUGUAGCCUUCUUCUCUCAGCUGCAGGAGGAGGUGGAGCAACACAAAGAGACACACACUCAGCUCCUUAAACAGAGGGAGCCCCUUAGGCCAGAGGAAGUUCUGUAUCAGGACAGUGUUCUGCACUAUGACGACACCGGGAAGUGGAAGGAGAGGUUUGUGGUGAUGAGAGCCAAUCACAGCCUGGAGUGUCAUGACAACCAGGAGAGCUUCAGUAAAGGUGUUCCGGCCAGACAGAGACUCCUGCCAACAGGGGGCGUAGUUCUGACAUCAGAGGAGAAGUACACAGCGCUGGUGGACAAGGCCUUCCCCGACCCUAAAUGUUUGAAGGAGGAGACAUCUCCCCCCAUGGUAGUGGUACCUUCUGGUCAGUUCCCUGUCUACCUCAGACUGCCCUACAGACGUGACGUGUACUUCAGCUUCCCCCAGGAGGACCGACGAGCGACCUUCCUCUCCAUCCUCACGGGCUGCAUCAGGCACCAGAACCACGAUUCUCUGAGGAGGUCUUCCUGUGAGUGUCAGGCGUUCCUCAAGGCCAUACAUUUCUACCGUCAGGAGAAAGGACACUAUGAGUCCUGGGACAUGCUGGUGGGCUGUGAGGAGCAGGUCCUCGCCAAUCUAGUUUUGGAGGAGCUACAACCCUCACUACAGACAGAACUGCUGGCCAGACUAAAGGGAAAGAAAGCGGGGAGGAAGAGAGUCUGGUUCACCACGUUGGAAGCCGCGUACCACCUGGUCCAGGAUCAGCUGAGGGAGAGUCUGAAGGGACUGAAGGAGGAGUGUAAAGAGAUAGCCAGGUCUCAUGAAGCUCUGCUUCGCUCUGAUAUGGACCAGAUAGCCAGUUCUAGAACCUUCCUGCAGGCCAAGCUACAAGCCUCCGUCAGUGAUCCAGCAGCAAAGUUCUGCAGUGAGAACGUGUCUCCGUACCUGGCGUCCAUCUUGGAAGAGCUGAUGUCUCCGGUGACGGGGGGCUUCCAGGGGGUCCGGCUUCUCCUGGAGGGGGAGAUAAACGCUCUCUGCCUGGGCUUCCCCGAGGGAGCGGGGCAGGAAGGGUUAAACCAGGCACUGGGUCAGAUGUGUCAGGCAAAUCUGGAAGAGUGUUACCAGAAAGUGGAGGUCCUGACAGAACAGCUUCAGGAACUCAGGCAUCGCUUCAAGUUCUCCAACUCAGUUCGUCUGAUCCACUGCACGCAGAUAGACAUGCAACAGCUGAUAGAGAAUGCCGUGUACACCUUUAAAUUGCUCCUCCAGAGCUCACUGAAUGACAACGCUUCCAAACUCACCUCAGCCAUGGAGAAAGCAAAGCUCAGAGUCCUCAAGCAAUAUGACCAUGACAGUAGCACGGUGAGGAAGAGGAUCUUUCAGGAGGCUCUGGUUGACAUCACGCUUCCUGCUAUCAGGAGGAACCUGGCGCCGGCACACAAACCGGACCUGCAGAAGUUGGACCAGUACAUCUUUGCUGAUUACACCAACUUCAUCAAAGUGGAAAACGUUUAUGAAGACAUUCUACUGGACAUUCUGACCAACGAGGUGGACAAAGUGGUGAAAGAAGCUGCCAGUCUGAGGAAGAACAACUUGAUGGUGGACAGUACUGACCUGCAGAGUGCCAGCCAGAGCAGCCUGACAGACAGUCGCACCCCUCCCCUCUCCGCCCCUGCCAGCCCUGCUAAGAUGGCUGUCUCUGGGCUGAGCAGACAGGCCGAGCGGGCACCUUCUCCCCUGGUGCAGAACUCGUCUUCUAGCGCUGGGAGGCUGGAGGUGGAAGGUGGCCCAGUGGUCCCAGAUAUGGCUGCCCUCACUCCUCCUGUCAUUGUCAUAACUCCACAAAGUGAGGCUCCAGACCCAGCCCCACUCUCACUCCCAGCCCCAGCACAUAUACUUACCUAUACUGCUAAUGUCUCUGUAGCAGAGCCUGAUACCCCUUCACCUCUACCUGAUACCCCUUCACCUCUACCUGAUACCCCUUCACCUCUACCUGAUACCCCUUCACCUCUACCUGAUACCCCUUCACCUCUACCUGAAAUGUCCUCUGCUGAAAGUGAUUACCCUGCUGGUGCUGCCUCAACCAAACCUGAUGCUUCCUUAGUCAAUCAUGACACCCCUUUGGCCACAAUCACACCUUAUGCCGCCUCCCCCCAGCCUCCUCUUCCUGUGGCUGAACCAGCUCCCCAGACACCGGAAGUUACAGACACAGCCAAAGCAUCCCAACCACCAGGAACUGAAGACAAACCAGACACAGACAAAGCAUCCCAACCACCAGGAAGUGAAGACAAACCAGACACAGACAAAGCCAGAAACAGCCCAGUGAGUGACAGUGUGUCGGUGUGUGUCGAGGCUCUGUCAGCAGUGAGUAUGAUUCUUCCUGAGGCCACGGUGCUCUCCACUGGUCAGAGACAGAGACAAGCCACAGACAGAGCAUUCUACCUGAAAACUCCUGCAGGGGUGAAGGAGGGGGCAUCUGUACCUCUCACCGUGGACGAGAAGGAAGAGGAGGAAGAACAGCACAUUGGUACAGCCCCAUCCAACAUUGGUACAGCCCCAUCAACUGAACCAGCCUCCCAGACUCAGAAGGACCUUAACCCCACUAAACCAGCCUCCCAGACUCAGAUUGACCCUAAACCCACUAAACCAGCCUCCCAGACUCAGAAUGACCUUAACCCCACAGGAUCAGAGAUGCAGCCUGGAGGCAGUGAGGACAGAGCUGCAGUUACCUCCGUCACUAGGGUUACUGUCACUGAGCGCGAGGGUGCCCUGCUUGCAUGCAAUACCCUGGUCACAUCACGAGGGGGUGCUACUACUCCACUCACUGGGCCUGGGCAGGGUGUAGUGGAGGCAGGGGAUAGAGGAGAGGCUCUGGGGCUACAGUCUAACACAGUGGGGAUGGAGGGAGAGGAGGAAGCGGUUCCACUGGGUAGUGUGCAGUCCAUCCGUGACUUGGUGAUGGAGGUAGUGGAGGUGGAAGGGCUGAUACAGAGGUGUCCCCCAGAAAACAGCACUCCCUAGCUGGGGAAAGAACGACUAGGGGGGAGGUGUACCAACAGCAGAGCAAUCAACGGUGUUCAUUUUGAACCCAAUUCAAAAUCUAUUAACUAUUUAUAUGUCAAAUAAAUGACUGAAAAUGUUUACUCUACAGACUGAUAGAAGUUGAGGAGGUAAUCAUCUCUCUCCUCCAGAGGAGCACACAGACUGGAGAAGAAGGAAAACUGACCAAAUAACAUAAACGUUAACAUCUGAUAGCUAUACUGGGGCGGCAGGGUAGCCUAGUGGUUAGAGCGUUUAGUAACCGGAAGGUUGCAAGUUCAAACCCCCGAGCUGACAAGGUGACAGACAAUGCCCCAAAACUGUUGUACUGUCGUUCUGCCCCUGAACAGGCAGUUAACCCGCUGUUCCUAGGCCGUCAUUGAAAAUAAGAAUUUGUUCUUAAAUAAAGGUAAAAUAAAAUAAAAAAAAUUGGUGCAGCAGACGAUAAUACAACUUUCACUUACAUACUCAAUUUUAUAUGGAACAACUUUGCUUUUUGUUGUUGAAAUAAUUGUCAUCUUUUUAAUAUUUUUUGGGGGGAUUGAAAUGAGCACCGUCCCUUACAUUUUGUUCUGUUGUGCAGUUGGUUUUACCCUGACAACAGAAGUAUUUACCGUGACAACAGAUGUAUUUACCGUGACAACAGAUGUAUUUACCGUGACAACAGAUGUAUUUACCGUGACAACAGAAGUAUUUACCGUGACAACAGAUGUAUUUACCGUGACAACAGAUGUAUUUACCGUGACAACAGAAGUACUGCAUUUCUAAGCCAUUUUGCUUUGUUCUGUUGGACCUUUUGGAACUAUUUAGAUCUGAAUAUAUUUAACAGUUAAAAUAAUGAUAAAGGGAGGUGCUUAAAUUAAUAAAAACAUAACAAACACUUAA